GAUCAUAUUUAUGCCUUAAUUAUUAGUCCACAAGCCUGGGCAGGUACGUAGGUAGGUAUCCUUAAAGUCGGAAGCCGUACAAACAAAGCAUCGGCAUGUUUCUUAGACACUAAUUGUCGAUACUGAAAUCUUUGAAUCGACCCUUUCAUCAUGAAUAAGCUUGAACUUUCCCACAAUCGAUUCAAAAAAUUUGAAAUUCAUUCUACACAACUUCAUCCAUCCACCUUCAAUCAGCCUAAUCUAAAAUGCGUCUCAUUCGUCCUUCCAUUUUAAUCAAGUUGGCCCGACAGUCUUUCCAAAGACCUGUCAUGGCUCUUACCACGAGAACCCCCCACACUCAUCGGACUUAUUUCGCUGGCAAGGGUCCCGGUGCAACAAAGACUGCCAUCGCCAAUGACCUAAUUCCCAAACACAACAUCUGUUGUGAAGAGUCAGUGAAGAUGAUUAGUCAAAUCGAGAAGGAGCUCGACGAAAAGCGUCUUUUAACGGAACAAGUAAAUAUGCUAGAAUUGAUUAGAUUGAGGUCAAUGUAUUUCAGGAUGGUGAAGGAGAAGGGAACUGCGCUGAGGAAAGACCGGUCGCAACUAGAUACGAUGGAGAUGCAACGCAGACAGUCCUUCAAAGUUUUCUUACCAGAAUCCAUCCGCCAAGCUGAUAAAUUCCCGCAGUUACGAAUCAUCUUCGACGCUACGUUUGGCAUCUCCAAAGACGACGUCAAACCUUUGUUGAAAAUGGACGAACGUUGUGGUGGGAAAUUCAAAGUACAGAACACAGUGGAAAGUCAUGGAUUGGUUUUCAGUCGUCUCAUGCCUGAUACGUUCCCAUCAUUAUUCAAAAAAUGGUUGGAAACGAUUCGAGAGGUUAAAAGCCAAAUCGACAAUGCAGAGGCUGGAUUUGAAGGGAACGUCGCCGCUGAAGAGAACGAUGCAUUAACGGCAUUGGAUUUAAUGUCCAGAGUUAAUAUUAGGUUGCAUCAGAGAGCCACGAUAUUAGCUGACGCUUGCGAUCUCACUUGCUUUGAUGAUUUUGAGACUUUUGGGAGAUCUACUUAUCCGCUUUGGGAAUACAAGGAUAGGAUGAUCAAAGAAUGGGAGGAAAGACAAUUGAUGCCAAAGUUGAUAGCGGCUGCUGAUGCCAAUGAGAAGAUCUACUGGAGGUAUCUAUGAUGAUUCUAGCUGUAGUGGGUGGUGUAGAAAUUUUGGGGAAUUGGGAGGGACGGUAUGACCUCGCUCCACAAAACUGUUCCAUCACAACAACAUAAUCCCCCCUUUCUAAAACGCAAAAUUAGCCGCUCUAUAAUAAAAAUGUUUAGAGUGAUAUCACAGAAAUUUAUGAUCUUGAAUGCUGCACAAUGUGAGGUUGUCUCUUGGAAAUCGACAGCCGAGAAAAUAAUUGUUGAAGCCCAAUUCAAAAUUCGAGAUCUCAUAUAAAUUUCAUAGUAUCUCAAUAAUGAAAGGAAUUUGCGGAAGCAUAAAUUCGGCAUCAGAAGCA